AACAAUCCUAACCAUUUGCAUUAAUUUUCCUUCUUUACUAAAAUUGUACUGAAUAGUAGCCGCAGAUAAGAUUGUAUAAUCUGGGGCAUAAGUAAAGCAUAUCUACGUUCCACAUAUAUAUAUAUGUAUGGACUGUUACAUGUCGGAUGUUGAAAACAAUCGUGUGACGUGGAAAUGACAUUUCCAGAUACUAGAAAAAAUAUCGUUGGUGAUAGCGACUCUACAAGUGCAGUUCAAUUAAAAAAAAACUUUGACAGCCUACAAUGGAAACAAUAAAUCUUUUCACUUGCAUCAUGUUAACAAACAAACAAGAGCAUUAUUUUAACUUUAGUUUGCACAGAAUUUUGAUUUCAUUUUUAUAUAGAUUCGUUUUUUACUUCUAUACAUCUACUAUCAUAGAAAUGUAUAUACAACAUUUUACAUAACAGCUAUUUUCACACAUCACUGAAAAAAUCUUUAAAAAAUUCUAUUUAUUAAAUAAAUAUUGUAUGAGCUACGAGAAAAGAACAUAUAUUGUCAGAGAUUAAUUUAUGAAUAUUCUUCUCGCUGAUCUACUUAGAGGCGAAUCGCCUCUCGAACAUCUUCCCUGAAUGAUUAGUUACAUCAUUGAGGAAGUUUGGGAGUUUUAGAACGUGAUGGGACCAAAUCAGAGGGCGUGUUGCAGUGGAUAUUUAGUGAAAGUAGGUGUGUCGUCUGGUGUAUAAAAACCAACGAAUCGAUGAUAUGAAGCACAUUCAGACUCAUCUCCUCUAAGCACGUUCAUCAUGAAGGCUUUCUUAAUUUCAUUGCUAUUCGUCUCCGCCAUCGCCGGUGAUGCGUCGGAGAAGAAACACGACAAACGUGCCUAUCUACACGGAGGACCCCCGAUACAUGGACAUGGCGGUUACAGCCACCACGGAGGUGUUGUAUUACAUGGGAAUGGAUAUGACCAUGGAUAUGGGCAUGGAUAUGAACACGGAUAUGGACAUGGUUAUAAACAUGGAUAUGGAAACGGAUAUGGGUAUGGAUACGGAUACGCACCUGGAUACGGACCAGGAUACGGACCAGGAUACGGACCUGGAUACGGACCUGGAUACGGACCAGGGUACGGAUCAGGACACGGAUAUGGAAACGGAGGACUUAGCGGAAGAAUCGAAAUUAUAGGGGGAGUGCCACACGGUCACGGUAUAUACGCACCAAGUUAUGGGGGUCUAGGACCAAUACAUCACAUUCACAAAACUGUUGUAAAUCGUGUGGUUCCAGUUCCAGUUCCCGUACCUCAACCUGUUCCUGUCACUCGUAAAGUUCCCGUACCGGUACCGCAUCCCGUACCUGUAGAAGUAAAGCGUCCCGUUCCUGUCCCGGUGCCUCAACCAGUUCCAUUCAUCGUCUCCAAGCCUUACCCCGUUAACGUACCUCGCCCAGUUCCAGUGCCGGUACCUCAACCAGUGCACGUAUCGCAUCCAGUGCCGCAUCCGGUCCCAGUUCCACAUCCAGUUCCUGUACAAAUUGAAACAGCAGUUCCAGUUCCAUUCCCGCAACCCUUACCUGCUCCAUAUCCGUUGCCCAGUCAGCCAUUCGCCCCCAUCGGUCCUCAACCAAUCUCUCCUAUUGGAAUUGGAGCGGCCGGCGCAGGAUUUGGCGCAGGAGCUGGUGCAGUAUUUGGCACAGGAGCUGGCGCAGGAGCUGGUGCAGUAUUUGGCGCAGGAGCUGGCGCAGGAACUGGUGCAGUAUUUGGCGCAGGAGCUGGCGCAGGAACUGGCGCAAUAUUUGAAGGUGGAAGUUCUGGACUUACAAUUACUAGUAGCAUCGUAAACGGUGGUGGUGAAUUUGGCUCCACGGGCUCGGGACUCCAAGUGAACGUGGAUCCCGACAGCGAGGGAUACUCUUAUCCGAUACCGAACAAGAAAUUCUUUUAAGCAAAGUAUUCGAAGAAAUCUGUUGCGGACAUCUCCGAUUUGCACGCCGACACGAUACAUCUGCCGUUUUCAAGAAGUCGGAUAUACGACACGCGGCUGGUUCGAGUCACGCCACACCCAUUUAUCCCGCGUUUCACUUGAUAUUUAUGGAUUCGCACACUGCGGAAGGUCUGCGUGCGAGGUCGUGACCUCGAUUAAAAUUCCGCCUAAAACCGCAAAACGAAAGGGAUCGAGAUACAUAAAUAUAUUGGCAUUUACUUUCGUGUUUUCAACGGUGACAAGAGAAAGAGAAAGUAUUGCAUUUUGAAGACGUGAAAGUAACAUGAUGCGAAAUCCAAAAAGAUGAAUAAUCAUGCGAUCGCACGAUGGAAAUAAGAAAUAUGACGAUCUUUCUAUUCGAUACUUUUUGCGUUACGGUUAUCCUACGUAGGCAAGAAAAGAUUGCUAACAAUUCUUUCAAGAUGUAUCGUUCGCACGUUUACGGGUGGAUCGUAUUCUAAGCAUGAUACAAUCAUUUAUUACUAUUUAUUUUUCUCUUAUAUCUAUGAGGAUACACAAAAUGUAUAUUUCCACUACAUAUCAUAGAUUAAAUUCAAACAUUAUAAAUUCAAAUAGUUAUAGGUACAAACUGUUUUAUACGUUCGUACAAGAAUAAAUCUUGAAUUACUUGACUUGUUAAUUUAACCAGCUUUGAUUGUUUCCUCUAUUCAUCCUUCAUACGGUGCCCUUAUACUGGAAUCCUCUCGUAAAGCAGUAACUACACGCGAUAUGAUCCUGCGGGUUCGAGAUACGCGAGUAGAUUUACCCCAAUUCGAAAGUGAUUAAAGUUGCUACCUCCUUACCCGCAUCGCAUCCAAAAUUGCCGAAACUUUGACCUUGUGCUUUAGCAGACUCGACAACCACAUAACCGUUUCGUACAGAGCCUCCGGCUGUGACCUCGGCUCUGUAGAUACUCGAGCACCCUAUUCGCCAUUUCUAACUUACAUUACGCGUGUGUAAGUAUUAAACACAAAGAGUUAGUAUCAAGCAGGAAUAAUAAUUAAAUGAUGUUAAUAAGUUAGAAAGAAUUUGCCCUUGCUCUUGCAUCUUACUCUUUCUUUUUAUCAACAUCAAGUAAUAAAUAAAUACAUUAAAAUUUAGAUAACUGUAAAUUCUCACUUGCAUAUAUGUAUAUGUAUAAGAGAUUAAUAUCCUAUCGAUAAGAUCUUUGUAUUUAGCAAAUCUCUUGCAUUAAAAAACUUAUGUGUUGUACGCGUUUCAGUUACCGUCAUUUUCGUAAUAGUAUCUGUAGUCGUAGAAGACGUACGUGCCUCGCUCACAGUAUACUCCUACCCUCCAAAUUUAAGGUAAGCUACUAGUCUUUAUGUAUAUAGGGCGUCUCAAAAUCAGCAUAUUUUAAUAGAGCUUUAAAAAAGAAUAUAUGUAUAUGUAACAGUAAUUUCAAUAUAGAAAUACAAAUAAACUUCAAAUUUACUAAUAGUUAAAAAUUUUUUAAUUAAUAUUUUAAAGUAUAAAAAAUAACAAUCUACUCUUUUAAUAGAAUGUACUUCAAUAAAGUAUUAAUAUAAAAUAUAAUUCAUUAUAUAUGCAAAGUAUUUAAUAAUACAAAAUUAGAUAUUCAGGAGAAAUUCACACAUAAUUUUAUUUAAAGUUUUCGAGUAAAUCAAAGAAAGAUAUGAUAAAGUGAUGAAUUUUUCUUUGAGGUAUCCUGUACUGAAGAAUACAGAUGCCGUUCCUUUAGAAUGCUCCAUCUAUUCCGCAAACAUCCACAUCUACUUACAAUUACAUAUACGUAUAUACUUUCUCCCCUAGAAAACCGGCAGUCACGCAUUAUUUUACGACUUCUGCCAGGCCUCUCAAUUAACCCGAGCUUUUCCGAGUACAAGAUAGUCCUUUAUGCAUAGUUGCCAUAUCAAAGUUUUUUAAACUAGAACUUACAAGCCUAAAACUCAGAUAUUUCUGUUGCAAUACCAGACAUAUACGAGAAUACGUUAAUUACACAUAAUAAAUAUUAUAAAAUCAUACAAGUCUGUAUCCAACUGUAAUUUGCCGUACCGAUGCGUUAACUGUGAUACUAAACACAAACCAGGUAAAUGUAGAUAUCCGUCGCAUACACAAUUAGAGAAGUCAAAAUUAUUUUGCAUCAAUUGCAAUAGCUACGGCCACCCUGUCUCGUAUAGAGGCAGCCCCAAAAUAAUUAAGAAUAAAAACAGAAUUAAGAACAUAAACACUAAUGCCAAUGACACAACAAAUCAAGACAGAAAAGAAAAUGUAUUCACAAAUAAAUCAUUAACAAACCCUUCAGCUACGCGAAUAUCACCAGAAAUGAAAACGCCCAAGUAAGCAAAGUGACAGAUAAUACAUACACCAAUAACGCAUACAUCAAUAAGCAAUGUAAUACCUGAAAUUAAAAAUAACAUAAUAAAAUUAAAAGAAAUAGUUAAAAAUAAUGCAACAAAAAUAAACGUAAUAGCUUCCUUAUUGGAAAAACUUAUUGGUAGUCACUUUCAAUUUGAAUAAAUCACUGACAAUGAGUAAAAUAAAAAUUUUAAAAAAAUAUAAAAAAAUGAUAUUAAUCAACAUAAACUCGAUAAUAAAUAUAAUUCAAGACAUAAUUCUUCUAAAUAAAACAAAACUUAAUAAUAAACACGUAAUAACUUUCAAAAAUUAUAAUAGCAGUGGACUACGCUAAAUGCAGAAACCAAAUAAAAUUCAUUCAUUCCAAAAA